CAAAUGGAUUUUUAAAAGAUGCACGCAGCCUCUGCCCUCCUUACCUCACAGGCUCGAGGGAGGCGCAGGUGAAAUCAAACACGCGAACACCCUUCGAACAGUUAUAAAACGUGGCACAAGGGUGAGGAAUAAGAGCCGUAGGCUGCUGGAAUGAUUCCUGUUUUUCUUAUACCCUACUUUCUGGUGUUCACUAAAUUCUGGAUCUUGUCUGUGCUUGCCUUAGCCUGGCUCGCCUAUGAUUGGAAUACCCACAAUCAAGCUGGUGAAGACUCAUGACCUCUCUCCCAAACACAACUAUAUCAUUGCCAAUCACCCCCAUGGCAUUGUCUCUUAUGGUGUGUUCAUCAACUUUGCUACUGAGGCCACUAGCUUUGCUCGGAUUUUCCCAGCCAUCACUCCUUCCGUAGGGACCUUGGAAUGGAUCUUCUGGCUCCCAAUUGUGCGAGACUAUGUGAUGUCAAUGGGUGUGUGCCCAGUGAGUGGCUUGGCCUUGAAGUAUUUGCUGACCCAGAAAAGCACAGGAAAUGCUGUGGUUAUUGUGGUGGGUGGAGCUGCUGAAGCCCUCUUGUGCCGACCAGGAGCCUCUACCAUCUACCUUAAAGAACGUAAAGGUUUCGUGAAGUUGGCACUGAAGACAGGAGCAUACCUUGUCCCUUCCUAUUCCUUUGGAGAGAAUGAGGUUCACAAUCAAGAGACAUUCCCUGAGGGCACAUGGAUAAGGUUCUUCCAAAAAACCUUCCAGGCCACAUUCAAAAAAAUCCUGGGACUAAAUUUUUGUAUCUUCCAUGGCCGAGGCCUCACUCGAGAAUCCUGGGGCUUCCUUCCUUUCAAUCGGCCCAUUACCACUGUUGUCGGGGAGCCCCUGCCAAUCCCCAAGAUUAAGAGGCCAGACAAGACGACGGUGGACAAGUACCAUGCACUCUACAUUGAUGCCUUGCGCAAGCUGUUUGACCAGCACAAAGUUCAGUAUGGCCUUCCUGAGAGCCAGGAGCUGACAAUCAUAUAACAGGAACUAGGUCUCCCCCAUUACUAAACUCCUAGAGCAUUGAGGGAUCCAGGUAGGGCCAGGCAGAAGGGAGAAUUUGGGGAGAGAGGAGGAUCUCAGGCAUGAGAGAGGCCAACCAAGCCAGAAAGUACUUAAUGAAUCUGGCUUGGCGGAAGGAACCAAGGGGCAGAGGAAGAGUAGGGAACAACCCACUUUAGAAAACAGAGUCUUGUGAAUCCACAGACCUUGUGUGCCCCCUGACUCCAGCCGGCUCUCUGAUCAAAGCAAUGAGGAGCCAAAGAACACCACUGCUCCUUCCUCCCAAGGCUUAGUGACACCAUCACGAUGUAGCUUUAGGCUUAGAAGCCUUGUUGAGAAAAGGAAUGGUUUGUUUCCUCCUCCUCCUUACAAUUUGGGAAAUACAACAAGGUAAACCAGGGACCUGUAGUUCCUGAUCCAAGCAGAAAGGAUUCCCUCACUUGUGACCCAGUUCUACAUGGGCAAAAACUUUUGCAUGCAGUUAUGCUGUCUCUUCCAUAAAAGUAAAGGUCUACUCCUGAAACCAAGAUCACACUGUGA